AUGGCUCAAUGAUAUGCAAUCAGCCCAAGUUAUCAAAUUUAUCCAUUUUAAUCUAAUCAUUAUUCUUUUAUAUACAGAGAAAAUUAUGUAAAAAUGUGUUUCGAAGUAACUUGAAAAUCAUGUCUUGGACAGAUAAAAAGAUAUCAUUGUCCUCUCUUCUUGGUUCUACGGAUAAACAAUCUAAGAACCAGGAUACCGAAGGCUCUGGCGUGAAAGCAAAAGACGAAUCCAAAAUCCUAAAAUGUGCUAUGCUGAAAAAAAUCAAGAAAACGAGCCAGUUCUCGAAAAAAUUCUUUGUGCUCUACGACCGGAGCACGAGCAGUCCUGCCAAAAUAGUUUAUUAUGAUAGUGAGAAAAAGCACUUACAACGGCUACCGCCGAAACGUGAAAUAGUCCUAGAAACCUGUUUCAAUAUUAACCGAAAGCAGGACUAUCUGGAUAAAAACGGGCGGAAGAUGAUGUCCUUGAAUAUGUAUACCCUGGACGACUGUGUCCAGAUAGGGUUUGAUGAUAAGGAGGAAGAGUUGAAUGAUUGGUUGGAGACGAUGCUGGUUUUACAACACGGGAAGUCGGCCAACUUCUACGGGAAGAAACCAAAACCUAAUUUUGACAUCAUUUGGCAGGUUAAUGUAAAAGGGUUUAAGCCUGAUGAUGGGAAUGAUUCCUCCGCUCACCAUUGGAACGGUCCUUUCAGAUUGUGUGUAACUCCUGAGUACGCCCUGUUAUAUCCGCUGGGUGAGGAGAGGUGUGUCGAGCUGCCACACCCCUGUAUCAGGAAUAUUAUGUACAAUGAUAAACUAAAGGUUCUCGGACUAGAGCUCGGUAGAACAUCACCGAUAGGAUCUGGAUUGCUCUCCCUGGAAUCAGAGGAGAAAGAAUGUGUAUCCCAGCUUCAUGAAAUACUUAGAAAAGCAAUGAUUGGAGCAAACCAUAAGGAUAUUCUUGGAAUAAACCAGAGAUAUCGGAGCUCAAGUUUCAGCCAGGAUAGAGGAUCCAAAUCGCGGGGUGCUCCGCAUCCUCCCUCCGGUAAACAGUACAGGGACAAGGAUAGUCUAGCUAGGAAUAGAACCAUCUCGGAACCAGUGGGAGAGGCGGGGAAACCUGGACACACCACCCCUGACCCAGGUUCCUCCUCUAGACCACGCCCAAUGAGUAUGCGGUAUUCCCCCGGGAUACUCUCGCCAACCUCUCCUGUAGGAAGUGUGUCUGCAGGACUAUCUGACGAUGGAACGGGUAGUUCUAACUCUAUAUAUGACCCAACCUUUAAUGGAGAUUUCGAUCCGCACACCUCAUACGCUCCAGAGGUUAUUCCAGAGGAAUCCAGUGGUGAAGUAAGCAUCGAGUUUAAACGUGAGUAUCGAGGAGUGGGAGUAGAUGAGAGAGAUGGGAGUAGUUCUCUUCCUAGAAAACAGAGGUUUAAUGUACUCCAUCAGAAACAACCUUCUUUGCCAGAUUACAUGUCCAUGGGUGUUCCGCCACCAUUGCCCGCUAGAAAUUCAGAAUUUCAUCUCUCCACGUCGUUACCUUUCGGAUAUUCUCCUAAAAACGCUGAUCAGGGUUCAGAAGAACAGCAAAAAACAAGUUCCUUAGCCAGUGACUACCAUGCCAUGAGUGGGGGAGUUGCCUCACCGCCAGUCAUGUCUCCUGACUAUCUUCCUAUGGAUAGUAUUCUUCAGAUCUCUCAAUCUACUCCCCCGAAAUCAAUAUCAACACAGACUCUUGUUCCCUCCCUUAUUCCAUCCAUGGAUAGAUCUCCUCGUAGUUCAUCUCAGACCCCUCACCGUCCUUCCCUUCCAUCCCCCCGUAGUUUACCAGUGUUAGAAGGAGCAACAUCAACACCACGUCCUAUCCCGGGGGUGGAGUCAUACCCACUCACGGUGUUAACGCCCCCUGAGGGUGGGAAGAAGCGUAUACCAAGUGGGGAGGCGGGGUAUGUUAUUAUGUCUCCGGGAGUAUCAUUAAAUCCUGAAGAGUAUAUUCAUGAAGAACCCGCCUCUCUUGCUGCACUAGAGGAAUCCUUAGGUGGACGAUGGCAGAUCUCUCCCCGCCAUUCAUCUCCCGUCUCUCGCCGUUCCCGCCGAUAUCCAGACAGUCAACGAAACUCCAGCUGUCUAGAUGAAAGUGAUAGUAUGUGGGGUUGGAGGGUAAAUGAAGAUGCAGAUUUCUCCGAUGAUUUUACUGAGCACGCCGGUCGGUCUCCGGUGAGCGGAACGGAGGACUAUAUGGCGGUGACCUAUCCCCGACCCCAUACUGGAUCCACGCCUAGAACUAUAUCUAGAGUUUCCCCUGCUUCCUCUAGUUCAGCUAUAUCAGGAACUCCCUCCUCUGGUUCCAGGUUUACAGAUAUGGAUAGAUUGGAGAGAGUUCAGAGCUUCCUUAGAGAUGAGGAGGAUGAUAAGGUUACAUCUCGGCCCCCGCGAGGCGAGGUUAGAAAAUGGGGACGACACAUUGAUAUCCCCAGCUCUAAGAGUAGUUCCCGGAGCAAUAUUUCUCCGUUCGGUCGAACACCUCCCAGUAUACACUCUGGUAGUCCUACAGUUGCUUCGCGGCUAGAAGGCUGGUUCCGUCAUCGGGCCGGCUCUGUACCCAACCGUCCUCCCCACACUGAGCGACGACGACACCGAACUCAGUCAGAAGGAGAACAAGAUGUGGAGCUUAAGAACGCAUGAUCCUUAUUGACACGCCGCGUAGAACCCUGCUCUCCAUGUCCCAGUAGCCGCGUAGAAAAAUAAUUGUUCUCGCCUGCUAUGCCGCUAUUUAACCCCGAAAAGGGACCAAAAGAUAGCAUAAAAAUUCCGGGAUUUUAAAUUAUUGAAUUGAACCGUGUUAUAUUUAUUUUCGUUGUUUAAAUCAUAGAUUUCAAUCAUUUCAACUGAGGCGGUGCUUAAUACUUGUCUCGUCCAUAGUUACAAAUUACCAACGUCCAUUCCUAUCUAUUCCAUAGUAAAUACCUUGUAGAAGAACAUAUUCUUAAUUAUAGCAAAUUUACCAAACCAUAGUUUAGAAAUGGCCAAACAAUAGUUAAAUUUUUACUAAUAUCUGUGAUUUAUUAAACCAAUUUUCAACUUAGUUUUAGCUUUUUAAUUUUUAAAAUUAAACUCGCGGCAUAGGAUUAUAUUUUAGUUCGUGAACCUCGCACUUUUAGUUCGCAACUCAAUUCUGUGAUAUUAAUAAAGGUUGGGAGGGCAACCUUCUGCCCGCCUGAUAUUUUUUUUCUUAAGAGCCACUUAUACCCCGAUUAUAGCUCACUGUCCGGUUAUGUAUUAAGAAAGAUAUAACUCAGGAUUCCUGCCGUCAGCAGAAUCAUUAAACCCCUUAGUUCCUUUUACUAUCAUCAAACUAAGGACGAUGUACCACAAUAUUUAGUGUUAAACACGACUUGCAAAGCAUAACCCGAUCAACCGGGAAAUAAUAUAUGAAAUCUCUUCCUCUAUUUGUAUAAAUUUUCGAGCUUUUUGUAUGGGAGCAUUGGCCGUUAGCUUUUGUAAAAGAGUGUUUUCUAGCUUGAAAAGGUUUCGUAUUAUUUAGAACUAUUAAAUUGUAUCCGAUUGUUAAAUUUGUUAAACCUGAUGAUUCAACUUAAUUGUUUGCAUAGCGUUAAUUUGUACUGAAUAGAAUAUCAAAAAAUUAAAUUGACGAAAUAUUUUUAAUUUCUUGGAAAAAAAAUUACGCAAAUAGUAAAAAUUAACGUCGUUUCUGAAAUGCCGGCCUGAAUUUUUUUCGACUGGAACUUUAAAUGUUUUCGACAAUCUAUGAAUUCGGCCUCGAACGCAAUAAAAGGAUAUUGGUGGACAGUAGACAAUUUUUCAGUGAUAUUUGAUGAUUCACUAAUAUUUAAACUGAAGAAUGGGUUCGUCUCCAUCCGUUCCCGCUGUCGGGGCCUUAUUCGUUGGGUGCUUCUUAUACAAAUAUAAUAUACGACUUAGCCUCUGUUUGCAUUGUACUGUAGUUUGCUGUACAUUUUGAUUGUACGCUAAAUGUACUUGAGUUUAUGUGAUUCUGUGUACUCCAACCCCACCAUGUUUUUCUGUGUACUAUGUUGUACACUAAAUCCUGUGGUUCUGUUUAUUCUAUUGUACUGCACCAUGUGGUUGUGUGUACUUUGUAGUACACUAUAUCCUGUGGUUCUGUGUACUCUAUUGUACUAUACCAUGUGGUUUUGUGUACCCUAUUGUACUACACAUGUGGUUCUGUGUACUCCAUUGUACUACACCAGUUGGUUCUGUGUACUCUAUUGAACUGCACCAUGUGGUUCUGUGUACAUGUUGUACACUACACCAUGCGGUUCUGUGUACACUUUUGCACUACACCACGUAGUUCUGUGUACUCUAUUGUACUGCACCAUGUGGUUCUGUGUACGUUAUUGUAUCCUGCAUUCCUGUAAAAUUGAUGCAAAUGUUGUAAAAUCACGAAAACUAUUAUUUUCUGUAAGUAUGUUAUUUCUUCCCUGAGCUUACCGAUUAAAAUGUCAAUCUAAAGCAACGCGUCCAAUUUAUUGUUAAACAUUUUUUUUCUGUAAAUUUUUUAAAUAGCAUUAAUAAAUAAAAUGCCUUGCAGAGGCUUUGUUGACUUGAGCCUGAAGCUUUAUCUGUAGGAACUGAACUUCUCAGUUCGUAAAACUAAACUUAAAAUUCAGCGGAUUAAAAUUCUCGGCUCUGAUUUAAUCUGAAGCGUUGAUAUUUGUUAUUUAUUUUCAAUACAUUGUUAUUGCUGUGA